AUGUCGGGCUCAGAGAUUAAUACGGUGCUCGCGAACUCGCUGUCUGCAGAUGCGAACCUGCGAAUCGCCGCCGAACAGCAACUCACUCAGGCAGCGGAGAGUAACUUCCCGCUGUAUCUCGCUACACUCGUUCAAGAACUCGCGAAUGACCAAGCACAGGGCUCCAUCCGAGCCGCGGCUGGUAUUGCCCUCAAGAACGCCUUCACAGCUAGGGAUUUCGCUCGGCAACAGGAGCUGCAGUCAAAAUGGCUGCAGCAGACAGACGAAGAGACCAAGAACCGCGUAAAGCAGCUGACACUGCAGACCCUGUCCUCGAGCAACACUCAGGCUGGCAAUGCCGCCGCUCAGGUUAUCUCUUCAAUUGCUGCCAUUGAGCUGCCCCGCGGCCAGUGGACCGAUCUACUGUCCUUCCUCGUGAAGAACGUCAGCGAGGGCGCCGAUCACCAGAAGCAGUCUUCUCUCACCACCAUUGGCUACAUCUGCGAAAGCCAGGACCCAGAGCUGCGACUGGCUCUUGUUGCCCACUCAAACGCCAUCCUAACUGCCGUCGUCCAAGGCGCCCGAAAGGAGGAGACCAACGGCGAAGUUCGACUCGCCGCCAUCACCGCCCUCGGCGAUUCCCUCGAGUUUGUUGCCAAUAACUUCAAGCAUGAGGGCGAGCGAAAUUACAUCAUGCAGGUCGUUUGCGAGGCCACCCAGGCCGACGAUUCGAGAAUCCAACAGGGAGCUUUCGGCUGCCUCAACCGCAUCAUGGGUCUUUACUACGAGAAUAUGCGCUUUUACAUGGAGAAGGCGCUCUUUGGACUGACCAUUCUCGGGAUGAAAUCCGAGGAUGAGGACGUUGCCAAGCUGGCUGUCGAGUUCUGGAGCACCGUCUGCGAGGAGGAAGUUUCCAUUGAGGACGACAACUCGCAAGUCGAAACCGCCGACCAGAUGCGCCCCUUCUACAACUUUGCACGGGUCGCGGCUAACGAGGUCGUUCCCGUGCUUUUGACGCUUUUGACCAAGCAGGACGAGGACGCUACGGACGACGAGUACAACUUGUCCCGGGCCGCCUACCAGUGUCUGCAACUCUACUCUCAAGCUGUCAACUCUACCAUCAUCGGACCGGUUUUGGCCUUUGUUGAGGCAAACCUCAGAUCUGAUGACUGGCACAACCGAGACGCUGCCGUCUCUGCUUUUGGCGCCAUCAUGGAGGGUCCCGAUGAGAAGGUCUUGGAGCCCAUCGUCAAGCAGGCUCUUCCUGUUCUGAUCACCAUGAUGGACGAUCAGUCCCUUCAAGUCAAGGACUCCACCGCCUAUGCUCUUGGCCGUGUCACUGAGGCAUGCUCGGAGGCUAUUGAUGCCCAGCAGCAUCUUCCCACCCUCAUUGCCUCUCUCUUCAAGGGUCUCAUCAGCAACGCCAAGAUGGCGCCAUCAUGCUGCUGGGCUCUGAUGAACCUUGCUGAGCGCUUUGCCGGCGACUUUGGCGCCGCCUCUAACCCAAUCACCCCUCAUUUCAACCAGGCUGUCAGCUCACUCCUCGAUGUCACUGCCCGCCAAGAUACCGAUACGUCUGUCCGAACCGCUGCCUACGAGGUCUUGAACGUCUUCGUUCAAAAUGCCGCCUCUGAGAGCUUGUCAGCUAUUGCAUCACUAUCCGAUGUCAUCAUCAAGCGCCUGGAGGAGACCAUCCCUCUGCAGUCCCAGGUUGUCAGCGUUGAGGACAAGCUAACUUUGGAAGAGAUGCAAAAUAGCUUAUGCACUGUUCUCCAGGCCAUCAUCUCUCGCCUCGACAAGGAAAUUACUCCUCAGGGCGACCGCAUCAUGCAAGUCCUCCUUCAGAUCCUCAGCACCAUUGGAGGAAAGUCAAGCGUCCCAGAGGCCAUCUUCGCUACCAUCAGUGCCCUCUCAACCACAAUGGAAGAGGACUUCAUCAAGUACAUGGAGGCUUUCGUUCCAUUCUUGUACAAUGCACUUGGAAACCAAGACGAACCCAGUCUUUGCUCGAUGGCUAUUGGCCUCGUUAGCGACAUUACGCGAUCCAUGGGCGAGCGCAGCCAGCCUUACUGCGAUAACUUUAUGAACUACCUUCUCAACAACCUAAGAAGCACCACGCUUGCCAACCAGUUCAAGCCUGCUAUUCUGCAGUGCUUUGGAGAUAUUGCCGGCGCUAUCGGAGGCCACUUCGAGACCUAUCUCUCUGUUGUCGCUCAAGUCUUGGAGCAAGCAUCCACAGUCACCGCCACACCCGAGGGCCCUGACGAGAUGUUUUACUACGUCAUUUCAUUGCGAGAAGGUAUCAUGGAUGCAUGGGGUGGCAUUAUCGGUGCCAUGAAGUCUAGCGGAAAGACCCAAGUUCUCCAGCAAUACGUCCCCUCCAUCUUCCAGCUUCUCAACCUUGUCGGUAGUGAUGCCAACCGCAGCGAGUCGCUUAUGAGGGCAGCUAUGGGUGUCAUCGGUGACCUGGCUGACGCGUAUCCCAACGGAGAGCUCAUUGAUGCCUUCCGACAGGGCUGGUUGACCACCAUGAUCAAGGAGACCAAAACCAACCGCGAUUUCCAGCCCCGCACAAUAGAGACUGCUCGAUGGGCUCGCGAACAGGUCAAGCGCCAGCUUGGCGGCUCACAAGGCGUCAUUGCUCAGUCUUGA